AUGUUUACCAUCCUGUGGAUACUGCUCAGCUUUGCUCUCCCAGUGUUGGGGCCCCACAUCCCUGUAAGCUGCCCCAAGGCCAAGGAAUGUGUCCUGGCCCUCCUCUCCAGCAAUGACGUUGUCUUGGAAUGCAGUGUUUCCGGUGCACACUGGUUAAUUUCUGGGCCCGGUAAAGAUGGUAAGCCCAUCGACCCGUCCAGUGUUCCCAAUAUAAGAAAGAGACCAGACGGUGGGAUCCAUAUCCAAAACCCGUUACCGUCCAACACGGGCCUCUACCAAUGCCGGGACGAGAAUGGAAACCAAGUGACCAGUUACAAGAUUGAUUUCCAGGACAUCAACAGGCUGCAUGCCACCCAUAUAAACCUGGAGCAGAAGCCCCUAAUGAAUCAGACACUGAAUCUGGGCCACAGAGAGAUAGUGUAUACCCAGUGGGGACCUUGGCAGAGAUGCAGCAAAUGUGACAGUCUGGGAGAGCGAAAACGCCUGGGUUACUGCUACAUCAAGGAGCCCUUGGAGGAACCUGUCCCCUGCGGGCUCUACCUUGGAGGUGUGGACGUGUUCUAUGCCCGAGUAAGGCCUGAGAUGCAGGUGGAAACCUGCUAUGAGAACUGCGGAGGCGAUCUGAUGGGUGGACACUACAUCAUCUUUGAUAACUUCAGGUUCACGGAGGGGUCUGAAUCGGCACUGCUCACCUGUCCCUUCGCAACCAUCUACAGGCCCGUCCACUGGGAAGUCAACGACAACCCUCUGACAUGGCAGGACCAGCUCUCUGGCCAGGAGAUCAACACUGUCAUGGACCUACACAGCGGUGGCCAGCACCUCAAGGUCUUCCAGCCAGCCACUUACAGAUGUUUUGUGGCACAGGAGCUCAUAGCCCAGUUCAACCCCACACCCUCUACAUGUCAGCUGGAGGCUGAGAGACAAGCCAAAGCCCUGGGACCUUGGAGGUCCAGGAUCCAGCCAGGCAAGGCGGACUCCGUUCUUAGGGGAUUGAAGUUACUGCUGCUGAUUGUUUCUGUGCUGGCCGUCGGAGGGUUUCUCUGUAAGGUGGUCUUCCGUCCUGCCUGCGGCGAGAAGAGGAAUCAGGUCCUCCUGGUGAAAUAAACUGAGCCUUCUGUAGCCAAGGGGACCUGGUAUCUCUCCACUGUCCCGUCCUUAGCUCUAGCCACCCAUAAGCAGCACCCACCAUGCGAGGCCCUGGAGGUGUGUGAGCCAACACAGACCAGGUUGAAAUCCAGGGGCCACUUCACUCCUUGUUGUAUUCCCUACUCGGCUAAUCUAUUGAUAACGUCAUUGUACAGAUAGGAAAACUGAGGGGAGUCUGUCUAGUCAUUGGAGAUUUGGAAUUCUUGGGUUCCCCAGAAGGAGAAAGGGAGGGAGGGAACCUUCGCAGCGCUCUGUGGUGUGACUUUCUCUGAGGAGGUGUGAACAACCAUCUAUUCAUCCCAGAUCAGACACUAAUGACAGACUAAAGAAGUGACUAUGUAAAACUG